AUGGAGUCCAAUUCAGUUCAGUGGGUCGGCUCCCCGUGUGGCUUACAUGGACCUUACAUUUUCUACAAGGCUUUUCAAUUCCACCUUGAAGGGAGACCAAGAAUUUUGUCCCUUGGCGAUUUUUUCUUUGUACGAUGUAAGCCAGAGGAUCCGGUGUGCAUAGCGGAGCUACAGCUACUGUGGGAAGAAAGGACUAGCAGGCAACUUUUAUCCAGCUCCAAACUUUAUUUUCUACCCGAAGAUACUCCCCAAGGCAGAAGCAGUGACCAUGGCGAGGAUGAAGUUAUUGCUGCCUCAGAGAAGGUAACGGUGAAGCUUGAAGAUUUGGCAAAAUGGGCCCAGGUAGAUUUCUCUAAAUGGAAACGCGGCCUUCGGGUUGAAGCCCUCAGAUCUGCAGAACUGGGAAAGAAUGGGCAGAAAGAAGCACUGACGAGAUUCAGGCAAUCCACGCACAACAGCGGCCUCAACUUUAAAGACAUUUUGAAGGAAAAGGCUGAUCUUGGUGAGGAUAACGAAGAUUCGAAUGUACUGAUCCUCAGCUAUCCCCAAUACUGUCGCUUUCGUUCCAUGCUGAAACGUAUUCAAGACAAACCAGCUACUAUCCUAACAGACCAGUUCGUAUUAGCCCUGGGGGGCAUUGCCGUAAUCAGCAAAAACCCACAAAUCCUUUACUGUCGAGAUACGUUUGAUCACCCGACUCUUACUGAAAAUGAAAGCAUAUGUGAUGAGUUUGCUCCAAAUCUUAAAGGCAGACCACGCAAAAAGAAGCCAUGUCCACAGAGACGAGAUUCGCUCAAUGGCAUUAAAGAUUCCAACAAUAAUUGUGACAGCAAAGCUGUUGCCAAGGUAAAAUGUGAUGCUAAAUUGUCUUUGCCCAAAACCAAAAAUAACUGCAAAAAGGGCUCAAGUGAAAAUAAAUCAAAGGUUUCUGUGGGUGAAGACUGCAGAGCGGAUGAACAGGCAUUCCUUGUGGCACUUUAUAAAUACAUGAAAGAAAGAAAAACACCAAUUGAACGAAUACCCUACCUCGGUUUUAAGCAGAUUAACCUUUGGACUAUGUUUCAAGCUGCUCAAAAACUGGGAGGAUAUGAAACAAUAACAGCCCGUCGACAAUGGAAACAUAUUUAUGAUGAAUUAGGUGGUAACCCUGGAAGCACAAGUGCAGCUACGUGUACGCGUAGACAUUAUGAAAGAUUAAUCCUGCCAUAUGAAAGAUUUAUUAAAGGAGAGGAAGAUAAGCCACUACCUCCUGUGAAACCUCGAAAACAAGAUAAUGUUCCCCAGGAGAGUGAAAGUAAGACAAAAUUGUCUGGAACAAAACGCAUCAAAAAUGAAAGCCAAAAGAGCAAAAAAGAAAAAGAUAAUGCACAGAAGUCCCAGGAUGCACCUGAGGUUUCAUCUGAACAAGAGAAGAAUCAGGAAUAUCCAGAGCAAAAAAGCUUGUCUGAACUAAGCGUAGUGGAAGACUUAAAGCCAUCUAUAGAAGGGUCCCAGGCUUCAGCACCAGACACUGUUGUAGUGACUCCUCUGGAAAAGACUGACCCAAAGGAAACCAACUCAUACACUGAGGAAGUCAAGGAAGAGGUGCCACCCGAGGACUCCUUUUCAAGCACUUUGGUGUCCUCAGAUGAGGAUGCUGUUUUGGAUUCAACAGCUGGCAAAGUAUCCAGUCCAUCAGAGAACCUGGACGAACCCAAGCAGGAACCUAGAGCACAGAGGUUUGCAAACUACCUAGAAAACGAUGCCCACGAAAUUCCAUUCAAUAACUUCUCUGCUGUUGAGCUGCCAAGUCAGAACGAGAUGGCAGACAGCAAACUCCCAGAGAUGGCAGACUACAUUGCUAAUUGCACGGUCAAAGUGGAUCAGUUAGGAAAUGAGGACAUACACAAUGCACUGAAGCAGAGUUCCAAAGUCCUUGUAGUACAGAAUUUUGACAUGUUCAAAGAAAAAGAGCCAUCGGGUCCCAUUAAUGGUGAUCCUGGUUUCAGUUACACACCUCUGCUCUACUCCAAAGGCAACCCGGGCAUCAUGUCACCCCUAGCAAAGAAGAAACUCCUGUCGCAGGUCAGUGGGGCAAACCUCUCAUGUAGCUAUCCUUAUGGCUCACCCCCUCCUUUGAUCAGCAAGAAGAAAUUGAGCAGCAGAGAAGAACAGUCAUUGAGCAUGCCCCAAGCUCCUCAUGCCCCUGUGAUGGAGGCUGCAGUGGUCAACAGGCCCUCUGUAAUCCAACAUGUACAGAGUUUUAAACACAAGAAUUUGGAGGAAAGGAAAUCUGUGAAUGAAACGUAUAGGCAUGAACUGCUGUUAAAGAAAGUGGAUUCAGAGUGUUGCGAUUUUUCCAAACAGCAUCUAAGCACUCUAGCGGAAUCCUAUGCUCUGAAGUCAGAAAUUCAGGAUAUGAAAGACAGAAUGAAUGAGAAGAGAGCCCUCCACCAUUCCCACAUGCCCACCUUCUUCACAGACUUUUACUCCUCCCCUCACCUGCACAGCCUUUAUAGGCACACAGAACACCACCUUAGUAAUGAACAGGCAUCAAAGUACCUCCCUCGGGACAUGUACAGAGAUUCAGAAAACAUUUCCAUGUUCCAUCAGCACAAGCACCCAGACAAGCGCAACUUAAACUAUCACCCCCCUUUGCAUCAGCCAGAGAAAAAGACCCCAGUGGAAGCCUCAGCGGACGAUCAGCCAACGGAUCUGAGCCUUCCAAAAAGUACUCACAAACAGACAGCAAAGGGUUUGGGGUCUGGCCUGUUGCAUGCUUCAGUGGGGCAGCCAGAGAGUAAAAGUGCCCCCCAGUUCCAGAUCUUGAGUAGCCAGCCCCUGGGCAUUGACUGUAAUCCCAAAGCUUGCCGUGUUUCUCCGAUGACUGUGUUGGGCCCCAAAAAGCAUGGCGAGCCCUUCCUGAGGUCCGUCAAACAGCAGAACUCGAGGAAGGUGGAAGGCAUGGCCCACCCCAUCCUUGGCCACAAAACAAAUGUUCAAACCAUCGGGACGGCUCGGCCUUUGAAGCGCAGCCUGGAGGAUUUGAACAAAGCCAUGUCGGAAAAAAAGAUCCGUGCUGUCUCGCCCCUGCGCUUACCAAAGGAAGCACCUGAUAAAGACAAGGGUCUUGAGCCAGAGGCUGACAGCAGCAAGUCAGUGCAUGGUCUGCCAUCUGGCAGUGUGCUAGAGGGCCACAAAUUCCCCCUCUCGAGCCCCAUCUUCACAGGCUUGUACCCAGGGACUCUAUGCAGCGGCCUGAGCAACCGCAUCCCUGCUGGGUACUCCCAUCCUCUGCAGUACUUGAAAAACCAGACAGUGCUUUCCCCUCUAAUGCAGCCUUUGGCUCUCCAUUCAUUCAUGGUGCAGAGACAAUUCCUUACAUCCCCUGGAAAUUCGCAACAGCUUUACAGGCAUUUAGCUGCAGCAACACCUGUAGGAAGUUCAUAUGGGGACCUUUUGCACAACAAUGUUUAUCCUUUGGCUGCUAUCAAUCCUCAGGCUGCUUUCCCACCUUCUCAGCUGUCUUCUGUACAUCCGAGCACAAAACUGUAAAAAAUAUAUAUAUAUAUAUAUAGCAACAUUCCUUUAGUCUGUGAUGUCUUGCAAAAUUUAAAACAAACAAAUCUAUAUUUGUGUUAACCAAAAGGCAGUUUCGUCUCUCAUAGCUGAAUGCUUCAAAUGUGAUUGAGACAAGACCAGUUCCCUCGGGCUUCUUUUUCCAUCUCUUGUUCCCACAUUGGCUUCUUUUGUAGUCAUUCACUUUUCCAAGCAGGGUUCCAGCAGGAUCUCUGCCUUGCAGAAAGCAAAUGUCAGAGCAAAGCAGACCCAGUGGCAAGAUAGGCCUCGUUCCCAUGCUUGGAAAUAAAAGCUUCGGGUAUUUUUGUAUGUUAUUCCCCCUCUCUGCUUCUCAGAAGUGGGUUUGGAGCAUUUCAAAUAGAAAGAGAGGCGGGUCUGUUGAAAGAGGAGUUGGGCCAUACAUGCGAGGAUCAAUGGAUGUUGCUUCUUUGGGUACCAUUUUGUUUCCUGACUCCUGCAAAUCAAUGCAAUGUAUAGUAAAACCAAUCUCAACACUAUUAAACCAGAAAAACACUGUUCAAUUGGACUGUACAUAUCUGCUUCAAAAACGGCAAACAGAAUUUACUAGUGUCGAGCUCACUUGUAUAAUUUAUAUAGGUUCCUAUUUUCCAUUUAUCCUGUGCUCUGUUUGUUUGUUUUGGUCGGUUGGGGGUUUUUUUAAUUAAAAGUCUUUCGUCUGCAAUUUUUUUGUGUAAAAGAAAAAAAAUGGCAAUGCCUGUUGAGGGUCUUUUUUUUAAAGUGUCUGUAUUUUUUCCUUCCUCAGUUUCUUUCUCUUUUUUUAAAGAGCAGCUUUUGGGGGAGUAGUAAUUGUCACUGUUUACAAAACAAAAGCAUUCAUUUUCAAGAAGCCUUUACAUUGAAGAGAAGCUUACUGUAGACCAUGCAAUGGUGCGAUAUCCCAACCUUUAGCUCCUUCUCCCAAGGCCUGAUCCCCAAAGGUGCAAAGCUCUCACCUCACCCAUCUGAAUGGUCCUAAUAUGUACAUAAAUUGCUCUUUUAUUGGACGCUGAGCUUUGGCUUUGCUGUAUCAUGGUCUGUGAAUUUGUUAGGAACUGUAUUUCUCCUUAUCUAGGCUGUGAAACUGCCCUGCAUACUAGAAAGAAAACAUAUUCAGGACUGUACUGGCAACAUGUUACUCAGUAAGAGGAGUCUAGAGGACUUUUCUUGAGGGCUGUGGAACUAUUUCAAGAAUUUCAGACAUUAGAAGAAAGGAAACGCAUUUUAGUUCAAGAUGUCCUGGAUUCUCUGCUGCGGAAGGGGGGGGGUCAGUGAGAACUGAUGUUCUGGUGCAGAGAAAACAAGCAGGCCAGAAGAAUCUGGAUGUCCACUUGAGGGACAGAUUUGGCACUGGGUGUUUGGGGGUUUCUCCUAGUCCACCAGAGGUUCCUAUCUGUCAGUCCCAGAAAGCACUAAACUGUCUGCCUUGUUCCAAGAAAGCACUUUUAAGAUUUGGUUUAGCCUUAAACCAUAAGGGCAGCUUAGUCUAUAAACCACUUAAAUCCCAGAGUACUUGACUUUAAGCCUCUUUGGUCCCGUUUAACAGAAGUUUCAACCUGAGCCUGGGCCUCCCGCUGACUCUGAGGGGGACAUUCCUGCUGAAAGCUAGAACUGUCUUUAGAUGUUUUCCUGGAGCCAGCCAAAGUGUUCAGAUUUCCUUCAGGCAUGAAAGUCCAGCAAACAAGGUUUUUAAAAGGCUAUACUUUGAACUGGGCAAGAGCCCAAAAGGCCUGUAACGUUGGCUUCACCCGCUGACUCACUUCUUCACAAGCCAGGAGAGGUUUUAAUGAAGACUUAUUCUCCACUCCUGCUCAGACUUGGGUAAGAGGCACAUUAAAACACACACACAGGCACCCCUUUUUCACUCCUACACGGAUGGACAGCCAUAUUUGUGGGCUGCUGACUCUCACUGGUUUUAGUCUUGGUUUACGCAUGAGGACAGAACACCUCAGGUAUAAAAGGCGACACCUCUGAGGGCCGGUGUUGUUUUUCACGCUGUGUCAAGAGGGUUUUAAGGAGCCCUUUGCCUACAUCUUUGAGAAAACGGCAGAGGGCAUAAUAAAGGGCAGACUCUUUUGCAGUUUGCACAGGAUGAAAAGUGUUAACAAGUACUUUCCAUGUGCCUAGGCUUAGAUGAGAGAAAGUCUCCAAGGUGUACAGUAGGGGAAGGGAAGGCCCUUGGUACUGAGUCUUACAUCGAGGAGAAAAAUCCCUCUGGGGAGGGGGGGGGCAGGUUCAGCCUGCAAGUGGCCAGUUUGUCCCUUACCUUAAAUCAGCUCAAUGGACAUUUCCCACUGCCAGGAGUGGAAUUUCAGGCGCUGUAGCCGGCUCUGGUCAGGUCAGCGAAAGACAUUGGGUGGAAUCUGCACCGUAGCUUUGGCACCCCAGUUCCAUCCUCAGUAGUUGUGUCAGAUCAGGUCUCAUGAAGUGGCCGUAGUCCCACCUCCAGUUCACGAAGCGUCAGCAGUGCGUGGUUCCAAGCCACCUGCUGUGUUUUACACAACUGGCUGUUGCCAAUAAUCCUGCUCAACUGUGGCAGCACAAUGAGCUGUUGGGCUCAGGGGGGAUAUGAAGAGCUAGAAUUGUACUGGGCUUCUGCUUGAGUCUGAAACAGCGCAACUUUCCCUCCCCCAGUCAUAAGGAAUAACCUUUAUGUUAAAAGAGUCAGAGGUGAAUCCCACCCACCCACCUGGGAAAGCAGUCUUACAAAGGCGUGGAUUCAUUUUAAGGGACAUCUCUGCUACAGGUCUUAAAGUGUGGACAGGUACACAGAGAGAGAAGCAUCUUUACUUUGUGGAUACUGGGUUAUGCUCUGAGCCCUUCCCAGAUAGCAAUUGAAAUGCAAAGAAACCCAUCAAAACUCUACUGGAGUCUACCAGAAACUACUUACAGGAAUACCUUGCAUGCAUGCCAGACAUCCUAUAUUAAAAUUUCCUGCGAUAUGAAGCCAAAUGCAAUAUAUAAUGUAAUCUAUUUAAUAUACAAUGGUGGGGAAAAAACAGAAUAAUAGACAUCUACUGUUAAAAGAUCAAUGUUAUCUUCAAUUAAAUGCUUUUAUGUUCUUGUGGUAAAACUAUAUUUAACUGAUGAUGCAUAAGCAAGACAAGUAGAAUUUAGAACCUAAAUGUGCCAAUGCAGACAUUUUUUUUCUGCUAUGCUUCAAACAUUAAAGAAAACAAUCACAGGAGCAUUUGAUCAUAUGCCGCAAAGGACAUUGUUAGUAAAAUUUGCACUAAACCUGACUAAUGUAACAAUUGAAGGGAGGCAUGAGGAUUGUACAAGCCUGUAAUGGGUAAUGUCAGAACUGUGGGCCUGGCGUUGUAAGCCAGAGAAUGCAAUGACUCUCUCAUUUGUUUUGAUUAAUCAGCGCGUCAGAUAACUCUUACGUUAAGAGAUGUUUUUAAAGGAUUGUCUCUUGGUUUGGAAUAGCAUAGUUCCAUCAAACCUACUCACUGCAGGUGAAGGCAGCUCUAGUUGGCUCAUGGUGGUACAUCCCCCCCCCCCGAACACUCUGGAAAAAGUAGCAUUGUGCAUGGAUUAUUUUAGCACAUGUGGAAUUCCUCCCCUCUGAAGUGAUGUGCAGGAGUGCGUUGUGCAUAUCGGAGCACUUGCUUGCUGUUAUAUUCCAGGUCUCACAAUCCUAGAAUGACUCUAAUUUUUGAAAGUUUGCCCUGGCACCCCUACCCGUCAGUCUCAUGUGUUUAUUGUACAAGUUUCCAAUUUCAGUUUCAUUGCAUUAUUUUGGAAUGUGCUCAUACUGUUCUAAAAUAUUACAGUGCAGGGUUACUUGAUUUCUCCCCAUUUCCUUUGUUUAACAGAAAACUGUCUAAGAAAGUUCACAAUAUAUUGGCCAAAAUGAGGAACCACGUUAGCAUAAUCCCCAGUAUGGCGUGUGCAUUAUUUAAGAAUGUCUUUUUAAAACAAAUCUUUGAUUUCUAUUAGGUAUUAAAUUUUCCAUGGCAGAGACCUUCUUUAAAUAGGGCUUUGUUUGAGUUCAAGGGGCCUUAUUAAUGAAUGAAUUUGCACAAGUUUUUCUUUGUGCAAUCAAGCCAUUGUUCUUGGUAGGUUAGUACAGGAAAGAGCAGAAUCUAAUUGGCAACAAAGUAAUAAAUCUAUUUACCAAGAGCUAGUUUCAAGAAAUGUUGCAAUUGCAAUGAGCUUUUAUUAAAGAUUCUGAAGGCUGAUGUAAUUAAACACACACAAACAUUAUUAAAAUAUAAUUUCUUGGUAGAAGACUUUAGGAGAACUGUGUUGGGUAAAUCCUUUUGCAAUUGGAUUCUACUUCAAAAUAUAAAUGAGUCCAGUAGCACCUUUAAGACUAACCAACUUUAUUGUAGCAUAAGCUUUCGAGAGCCACAACUCUCUUGGCUCUCGAAAGCAUUUGCUACAAUAAAGUUCAUUAGUCUUAAAGGUGCUACUGGUCUCUACUAUUUUUAUUUCAAAAUAGAUGGCUCAAGUUUGUCAGUUUAAACCCGAGCCCCAAAUAAAAUGUAUUUCCUUUUUAGUGUAUUAUGCCUAAAUUCUUCAGUGAACACCAACAAAAUGUUGCUGUGACUUGGGCCCCUUUUGGAUACAUUACUUGAGUGGCAUGGUUGUCACCACUUAUGUAAUUACUCACACUCCACUCUGUGUGUUUGGCUCUGUUCCCACAUUGCCUGGACUCUUGAACCUCAGCACAGAGAAGCAUCUGCCCACGUGGCUAGGUCAAUCAGGUGGUUAGAGGCCAUGCUAGCAGCAGCUGUCUGGUAAGGGAGAGCAUAACUAGGGUAGUACGUAAUCAUACUCUUAGCCCUAACUUCCUAGGGUUGAUGUGACCUGAAGGAACAUGGGAGAAGCCAAACGGGCAACAGUAUCUUAAUGGGGUCUAGCUUUGCUGGAGAAUGGUCACAAACUAAAUUCUGUCCUAUGGUGGUGUGGCUCAUAAAAGCCAAGAAAUGGCCACAGAAAUAUUGUGUGUGGUGUGUGUGCUUUUGAAAGGGAGAGGUUGGUUUUUAUUCACUCAUUGUUCCACCCGGUCAGCCUGUGUAAUGGUGAGCAUGGUCAGAUUUCACAAUUUGUAAUGCUUGUACUGAGAAAUGAUCUCACUGACAUGAGCUCCGCAGUAUUGAAACUCUCAUUGUGAGCACUUAUCCAAUGUUGCUGUAAAUGUAUUUGAUAUUUUUACAUGUAUUUCCGCUCCCUAGCCCCUUGUUUAAAUAUGGUCUAACAAAGGCAGCAUAAUCUACUAGCUGUUUAUACUUCGUUUCAAACUUUCUUUUGUUGUAAAUAGUGUAUACAUUCUUGUGAUUCAAGUUAUUGUAGCUUAUAUGCUCUGUAAGGUGAUUAUUUGUAUAUAGAACAAAAUGGCCCAGUAAUAUUAUAUAGUUUCCCAUUUUUUAAAAAAAAAUGAUAAAGGGGUUAUUGAGUAACCUUUCACAUUAAAUAAGUUUAAACACUACCAGAAAGAAAGAAAAAGCUGAGCCAACUAUAAACACUCAAUUUUUGUAUGUUUUCCAAACCGUACGUAUUAAUGCUUUUGAUACUGUAUUAUGUGCCAAUAGUUUCCCAAUCACAUAGCAAGCAAAAGAUAUUUUGUACUUUUUGAUCCACUGUAAUAUUUAAUAAAAAAUGUUACUAUCUGUU